AUGAGCGAACUGGUGCAUCCCCCGUCGCCGACGCUGGGCGGUGACAGCGGGGACGAUGACAACAGCAACUGCAUCGCGCCGCAGUCGCCAGGCGCGCGCUUGGCGCAGGCGGGGCACGGCCUAGGCGGCCUCACGCUGCCCUCCAGUGGCAGGCAGCAGCCCUUGAAGCCGAGGGCUGCGGGGUUUGGCGCCCCGCCUCACAAUGCGCCCGACGCGAUCGGGCGCAGGAUCCGUCUGAAACGCGCGCGCGCCGUCGCCGAUGCCGCCGCCGCCCUGGCCGCAUCCUUCCCACCAACGCCCGCCGCGGCACCUGCUGAAGCACCAGCUACAGAAGAGUCGCGUCCACCGCGUGCGGCCAAAGCACCCAAGCGGCCACGGAAGGACGGCGGCGGCGCCGGCCGCGGCUGCGGGCACGCGGGCGGGCGCCGCUACAGCGCUCAGCAGAAGCGGCAGGUUCAGGCAGGCGACGCGGGCCCAUCGCAGGACACAGAGGCUGCGGCUGAGCCGGAGGCGAGCGGCGCUGUCCAAAGACAGGCUGCGCUGACGCCGGGUGCGGCGGUGGCGGCGGCGGCGCAGGCAGGGGAUGCGGACGCGGCGCCCCAACCUGAUGACUUUGGAGCCCAGCCGUGCAGCCGGAGGGUCAGCACAGACGCCCCUUUCUCGGCCAAGCUGCCGGCGGCGCAGGCGCACCCGGCCCCUGUGCCGACUGCGGCCGCGGCGGGCGGUCCCCAGGCUGACACUCCAGCUGACGACGCCGGCUUUGCCGCCGCGUGGGAGGCGGCGUUUGCGCCCUCGGCUGCGGCCGCACCGUCGGCCGCGCCGGACGCGCUGCAAAUGAGCUCAGUCGAGGCGGCGGCUGCCGCCGCCGCGGACGCGGCAGCUGCCGCUGUUGCAGCCGCAGCUGCCGUCGCCGCAGACGCGGCGGCGGCGAGGGCAGGACCCUUGUACCCCGCCGCUCCCAGCAAGCAGGAGGCGGCGACGCUCGCGUUUGGGGUGCCGAUGGUACCCAUGCUGCCCACUGGGGCCUAUGAGCUGCUCUCCGCCACCAGUGCCGCGGCCACGCUGCCGGCCGUCCCCAAGCCUGCGGCGCCUGCGCCGUCGGCCUGCGCCAAUCCCGGCCGGCUGAUCCCCAGCUUCGCCACGGUCCAGGCCCGGCUGUGCGCGCCGCUGGGAGAGCCCGGCACGGCACACUCCACGGCCCUCUCCGCGUCUCCUCAAGAGCCGCAGGCGCACCAGGCCCGCAUGCCGCAGGCCCGGCCCCCGCUUCUGGUUCCCAGGCCGCCGUCGGCGCAGCCGCCGCAGCAGCAGCAGCCGCCGCAACAGCAGCAGCCGGCCGGGACGCUCGCCGCGCCUGGGGCGCAGCAGGGGAUGGCUGUUCAGAUUCCCACCCGACGCCUGAGCCAAAGAUCUUUCUUCUUUGAAGAUAUUGCCACAAAGUCGAUCGCCACCCUGACCGCCGCCACCGACGCGGCGCGCGCCGCCGCGCCCCCCGCCAGCGCCGGCGCCGGUGGCCGCAGCGCCGGGGCGGCGGGAGGCGCGGCGGCGUCAUGCAACGGCGACGGCGCUGCCGCCGGCGCUGCGGCCGGGCAGGAAGCUGCGGAGCAGCAGGCGCAGGGGAGGAUGUCGGUUGGGUCGCUUCCCAGCUGGCCAGCGCCGCAGACGCAGGCACAUGCACAGGGCCGGGCGCAGGCGCAUGCCGCGGGCCCGGCGGAAGCGGGGCCGGCCGCGCAGCCGAGCACGACUCAGAGGAUGGCAUCUGCCCCCAGCCUGCCACAUCAGAUCCCGGGCAGCAGGCAGCCCUCCGGCACCCCGCCAGCGCCCGCGCGCCCUGGCCGCGGCCCGACGUCGAGCGCCACCGGCGCCAGCGCCGGCGCGGCUGCCGACACGCCGGGCGCCGAGGGCCCGGGGCGCCGGGCCUCGCUGGCCGGAGCCGGCGCCACGGCGCGGCCGCCGAAGUCGGACCGCCAGACCGGCUGGGAGGCGAUCAGCCGCGUGACGCAACUGCUGCAGCAGCCGUCCCUCGGCCGGGACGCCGCGGCCGGCCUCGCCGCC